CGACCCUAACACUAACAUCCGGUGUACUCCGAGAGAGAGAGACGAGAGUCGGAAACGGAAACGACUGACUGCUUGAUCGCCAGCGCAGUAAUCGGCACGCUAACAUGAAGAUCGUCCUGUUGCUCUUCGUCGUCGCGGCCUUCGCCUCAGGCCAGAGAAUCACAACGAUCCAGCUGGAUGGCAUACAGUACUUCGUAUCGCGAAUGAAUCCCUACAGUCCGGAAUUAAACUACUUCCUGGCGUAUCAGUAUUGCCGUUCGCUGGGCCUCCAACUCGCGUCUUUCGAAACGAAAGAGAAGGCCGACACGAUGACGCAAUAUCUGAAGAACGCCGGUUACACAAAAUACGAUUUCUGGACCUCCGGCAACAAGCUAGGCACCGACAUGUUUUUGUGGAUGAGCACGGGACUGCCGUUUAACGUCACCUUCGACUACAUGCUGAAGCGACCUGGCAACAGACCCGCCGACGUGCCGCCUGGCACUGAACCCCAAAGAGUUGCACGCGAAAGCGGCGACAGCGGCAGCGCGGACGGAUGCGUCGCGAUGGUGGCACCUACGUUAGCCUGGGAGGCGCAGGACUGCACCAUCGUGAAAGACUUUAUCUGCGAGCAAACAAGAUGCUACUACUACAACUACGGCAGUAUUCCCGUCUCCGCGACUCAGGGAAAUCACAGGCCCUACAUCACGACCACCUCGGCGCCAGCCAGCGACGACCAAGCGAGCGAUCGCGAAACCGACAGCACCAACAUCGACGAUCAUCCGGACAUCGACGCCCGCACGAACGAGCAGGCGACAUUACCGGAAGCGGACGCGGACGCGGACGCGCCCGCGGACGAAAAGUUAUCAGAGGACCCGGUCGUCAGCAGGCUGAUCACCACGGCCGCUCCCGCACCUGGCAAUCAGCAGCAACAUACGACGGCGCAGUUCGACGAUGAACGCGAGAGCGAGCGCUCCGCCGUCGGCGACCUGGACGACACCAGACCGGAACACAUUCCGGACCUGGCGAGUCUCUUCACCGAACACGCCGCCGCCGCAGCAGCGUCUCAAGCGCGCAAGGACAGCGUCUUCGACGGUCUCGAGACCCGCGAGAUCCUGCGGCCGUCGGCGUCCCGUCCCGUCGUCUCCUCCUCCUCCUCGUCGGAGAUGAGGAUGGAGCAUCGCGAGUCAGCCGAUUACAGCGAUCUGGCCGCGGAGACCGAGCUACCGAACAACGGCCUCGAGGACGCCCACACGAUCGGGCCGUACGACAGCGUGCAGGACUACGUGAACGAUCAGCCGGCGGAUAUCGCGUCGGCGGCGGACUCGGCGAUGAUGAAGGACCAGGACGACGAUAGUAGCACGAUCCUGCCAGAGGCGGAACCGGCCUACAGGUACAACAUCAAAGUGCGCACCAACGGCAAAGUAUUAGACCCUCCGUCCAAGUAACGCUUUACUUUCUCCUAGGCACCAUCGCGUUAUUUCGUUCAUAAGUGACAGAAACACACGCACACACACAUACACACAGAUCGACACUUUUGAGGAAUUAGGUAUUAUAUAAAUAUAUAUGUAUGUAUAUCAUGAAUGCGUUUCGCGUGGGUGACACGGCAGCGAAUUGUCGCCGUCGCGCGGAUUUUCCGACAGAUCGCUGCCGUUGUCACUGUUCGCCGUUUUUCUUAGCUCUAAUUUAAAGCGUACUCGACACAAUGCUCGAUAGUUUCGCAUCAGAGAAGCACGAUUACCAGCUUUCUCGGUCGGCGGCAGGCAGAGGACUUAUUUCGGAUUGUUCGAAUCACUCAAUGCUAAGUAACAGCAAAUAGCAAAUAGCAGCAAAAGUGAUGUCAAAGACGUUAAAAAAAGAGCUGAGAGUAUUAAUUGAGAAGACGAAUUUUUCUCCUGCCGACGUUACUCGACAAGCUACAUUUUUCGCAAGGGCAUUUAUUCAGAUUAUUCAGUUUUCAUUUUCACAUGAUGGUGCCGGCGGACGAUCAUUUUUAUCACUUCAUUAAUUUUAAUCUUGCUACUUUUAAUUAAUGCUCUUUUUCAGCAUCAACAUCAGAAUUCAAAAUAAUCGAAAAAAAAAAUAAAAAUCGAAAAAAAAUAAUAAAAUUGUGCAUAUCAGAGAUCUGUCAUCGGCGUUAAAUUGCGAGUCCGUCAGUGUUUAUAUAUUUCCAUGCAUAAGAAAAUCAUCAUCAUCAUAGUUAACAUAUCAAUACGUCUGCAAGACGAAGCGUUCGACAGCCGAACAGUUUCCGACAUAAUUUGAUGAAUGUUAAAGGGAUCGCGAGCGUAUCGGUCGCAACGUUUCGGUUAUCCAGACGUAUGAUAAUCGGCGUACGUAGUUUCAUCAAACGUAAAAUAUUGCUCUCUUGCUGCUACGAUAAGUCACUUCCAUUAAUUCUACGUACAACGGCGCGAAUGUGCGACUUGUGUAACUAAACUUUAAUAAAGGUACAAGUACAGUCUUAUGAUACA